AUUUGGUGUGUGAGUCCAGGACACUCCAGCAAAUGGUGCAGUCGCUCUACAUGGCUGGUGUGCUGGUGGGGUCAGCUGUGUUUGGACGCCUCACAGACAGGUUUGGCCGGAAAGCCCUCCUGAUCUGCUGCUACCUGCAAAUGGCGGUAACAGGCAUCUGUGCUGCUUUCUCCCCCACCUUCACCACAUACUGCGUCUUCCGCUUCCUCACCGGCCUGGCCAUUUCUGGCAUCUCGGUCAAUUCUGUCUCACUGUCUGUGGAAUGGACACCCACCCGCACACAGGCCGUUGUGAUCACCAUGUUUGGAUACUGCUACGCAAUCGGGCAGUGCAUUCUGGCUGGGGUGGCUUACACCAUCCCCAAUUGGCGCUGGCUGCAGCUUGUGGUGUCUUUGCCCUAUUUCAUCUGCUUCAUCUACUCCUGGUGGUUCGCGGAGUCCGCCUGCUGGCUGGUGAUAGCCGGCAGACCCGACAAGGCAGUAAAGCAGCUCCGGAGAGUAGCCAGGAUAAACCGGAAGAAGGAAGAAGGAGACAGACUCAACAUAGAGGUCUUGAGAUCCAACAUGCAGAAAGGAAUAGCCUCUGCAAAGAGCAGCCAUACCUUCUUCGACCUGGUGCGGACCCCUGUCGUACGCCGGAUCUCCUUCUGCCUCUGCUUUGUAUGGUUCUCCACCAGCUUUGCCUAUUAUGGGUUGGCCAUGGACCUGCAGAAUUUCGGUGUCAAUAUCUUCUUGAUCCAGCUGGUCUUUGGAGCUGUUGAUUUCCCAGCGAAGUUCAUCUCAGUCCUCACAAUCGGCUUCACUGGGCGCCGGGUCACACAGACCUUGACCCUUAUCCUGGCUGGACUCUCUAUCCUAGCCAACAUCUUUGUCCCACAAGAUAUGAAGACCCUGCGCACUGUUCUGGCUGUCGUUGGAAAAGGCUGUCUUGCUGCCUCCUUUAACUGUGUCGUCCUCUACACGAGUGAGCUGUACCCCACAGUGAUUAGGCAGACCGGCAUGGGUUUGAGCAACACCAUGGCAUGCUUGGGCAGCAUCAUUGCCCCAUUGGUGAAGAUGUUGGAUGAAUACAUUCCCUUCCUGCCACUGAUCAUUUAUGGAGCUGCCCCAAUCAUCUCCGGUAUUGCAGCGACCUUCCUGCCAGAGACGCUCAAUGUGCCAUUGCCUGAGACCAUAGAGGAGUUGGAGACACGGUUAGUAGAAUCUAUUGGGAGGCAGGAAGAGUAGCCAUGAUGCACUGGGUGGGGGCUUUGUGAUAUAGACAUGGGUCCACACAGAGAGAGCGCGCACACAAGAAAUGAUAUGCAU